UGGAGUUGCAUCAAAAUCGUGUCAGUCGAGCGCGAUGGAGUCGUCGUUGCUGUUCCUCGACACGAUGCCCCUGGAUGAGGCAUUGGCCACGACGUACGACGUCGAUGCGAUGCUGAUGGAUGACUUUGACAUAUUCGCUCCGUCAACUGUGUCGAACAAUGCCAGUGCAGCCAAAGUUUUGUCGUCCGGCAUCCACUACUCGACAACGGAUUCAACCAGCACGUCGUCGGAACAAGAUGCGCCGAUAGUGUUGGGCGGGGAACCUGCACGUCCAAAGAAGAUCAACCAUAGCCGCAAGCGCCAGCGCGAGGAGCUCGAAUACCUGCGGUCGAAAGUCGACGAACUCGAACAGCACUUGCGUAUCGUGGCACAGGUGAAGUCAAUGGAGAUUGUGAACGAGACCCCGUGGCAAAAAAUGGCGAAUCAAAUGCGCAUCGCCAAGCAAACCGCGCUGAACGAGAAUGAUAAGCUCCGACACGAACUGGAAGAACAGAUCGAGUUUGGCAAAGCACUGCAGGCGCUCAUGAAGAAACGACCAAAGCUCACAGUUCUACCCACCCUCGAGAGCGAACAAUGGCGUGUACUAAAACUGGUGAAGGAACCAAUGCUCCGGCGCCGCGCCGUGCACGAGAUCUAUCAGCAGCAGUACCAAUUGACGGACAGCGCGAUGGUUGACGGUGGAUUGCUCGAUCGAAUCGACGAAUUGGAGUCGUACGUGCCGCGGCUCACGAAGGGCAAUGCUGACCUGGUGCUGCAAGUGGCGUUCUGUGAGACAAAGCGGUAUGCCUUCGAUGUGGUGUCGGAGAUGGCGUGGGCAUUGCUUCAGAGCGGGUGCGGGGCCAAAUUGAAGCCAUCGUUCGAGAUGCUAGAGAAAUUCGACUACAAUUCGGCUUACAUUCGAAUUGAAAAGAAAUGGAACGACGACAUGUCCCACCAAGCCAAUUGCCUCUACAAAAGAUUCACGGAGCCCGACCGCGACGUGAUUGUGUGUCGGAGCGUCUUGGAGGACGAGCUGCAUCCAUUCGACCAAGGGGCGCUAGUGUUGAACAAGAGCGCAUGGUUCGUGAUUGAGAAACUCGACGGCGGCAAAGCGUGCCGCCUCAAAUUCUUUCAAAAAUCGACGUUGCCCAUGCUGCAAACGGCGAACGGGACUCGUAGCGACGCCGAGUCGGCAUCACGGUACUUUCGAGUGGGCACCGUCACGGACACGGUCCUCGACUCACUCAAGACCAUGAUCAAAGAAUUCUCUGACGUGAUGCACACGCUCCUGGCCAACUACAACGGCAACAUCGCCGAAACUUUCAAGCAGGUGAACGCUCUUAUGCGCAUCAAUGAACAGUGACGGCCCCAAUGCGGGCGACACUCCGUAAAUGCAUAACUUGUUUCUUUGAGUGUGGACUACUUGGCU